CGAUUGCUUUCGCCUUUCCCUUCCUCACAUGUGUGUUGUUUUGGAAGGAAAAAAAAAAACAUGGCAGCGCCCGAAAGUGCGGUCCAGAUAGUCCCUGCUAAAAAGCCAACAGUCCGAGGGCCACGACGGGUAGCCAAUCAAAUUCCAGAUGAAAUCCUGCAAGACCCUGAGCUACAGGAGGCCAUCAAAGCCCUGCCUGCAAAUUACAACUUUGAGAUCCACAAGACUGUUUGGAGAUUGAGACAAGCGAAUUCGAAGAGAGUGGCUCUGCAGCUGCCAGAGGGCCUUCAGAUGUUUGCCUGUGUCAUCGCUGACAUCAUUGAGAGGUUCACAGAGGCAGAUACCAUUGUGAUGGGGGACGUGACAUACGGGGCCUGCUGCGUGGACGACUUCACCGCCAGAGCUCUGGGAGCUGACUUCAUGGUGCACUAUGGACACAGUUGUCUCAUCCCUAUAGACUCCACAGCAGGUAUAAAGAUGCUCUACGUGUUUGUGGACAUCCAGAUGGACAACGGACACUUCCUGGACACGGUCAAGUUCAACUUCCCCCCUGGACAGUCUCUGGCGCUCGUCAGCACUAUUCAGUUUGUGGCAGCACUGCAGGCUGUGAGUGCUGCUCUCAAGCCGGAGUACGAUGUGCUGGUCCCGCAGUGUCGACCUCUGUCACCAGGAGAAAUUUUGGGCUGUACCUCCCCUCGCUUGGACCGCCAUGUAGAUGCUGUCAUUUAUCUUGGAGAUGGAAGAUUUCAUCUGGAAUCAAUCAUGAUCGCAAACCCUGAUAUCCCUGCCUACAGAUAUGACCCCUACAGCAAGGUGUUCAGCAGGGAGUACUAUGAUCACGAGGCCAUGCGAGCCUUAAGGCUCAAGGCUAUCGACAAGGCCCGAUCAGCCCAGAGAUGGGGCCUGAUCAUGGGCACGCUGGGCCGACAGGGCAGCCCAAAAGUCCUGGAGCACCUAGAGUCAAGGUUACAGUCACACAGCAAGUCUUUUACUCGAGUUCUCCUGUCGGAAAUUUUUCCCAGCAAGCUGGAUCUGAUGCCAGAUGUGGACGCGUGGGUCCAGAUCGCUUGUCCACGCCUCUCUAUCGACUGGGGCACAGCCUUCUCCAAGCCCCUGCUGUCCCCGUAUGAGGCAGCUGUAGCUUUGCAGGAGGUUGGCUGGAAGGAAGUCUACCCCAUGGACUUCUACUCCAAUCAGAGCCUUGGGCCGUGGACCCCCAACCACCCUGACCACCAGCCUGCACGGACCACUCGCAGACAGAACCAGAAACAAGGCUCGGAGCCAGCCCUUCCUCCUAACCAGUGUGGGCAGGACCAGUGCACCCCCUGUGGCUGUAAAGGGGAAUGACAUGGAAGGAGCGGUGCUGCGUGGGUGUGGCUCGUCUUGUGCCUGCCGGUGCCUCUGUAAUGGCUGGAGGGGGGUCAGACCAGAGGAGGAGGAGAGCGGGUAUGUGUCCAGACAGUCUAUCAACAGAGCAGAGCUAAAGCCAGAGGAAGCCGUGAGCCGCUCCUCAAAUGGAUUACCAGCCAUAAAUAAUCCCUCGUCUUACAGCACAGCC